AUGCCACCCAAGAAGCCGCCUCCCCUCCCCCGCAGCUUGUUCACUGGCGGCGGUCCGCUCUCGCCCAGUGCCCUUCAGCAGCCCCCCUCCCCGUCGACGGUACACCCGGCCUCCAUCGUCGAUGCGCACAAUCACGGCAUCCCGCUCGAGCAUUUCCCCGAGCUCCAGAACAUGCCGCCUGUGACGGGCUCAGUCACGGUCGCUGUGGGCGUUGAGAGAAGCGGCUCCGGGAAGCAUAUCUCGGUCCCUGCGUGCGUUAUCGAUGAUGACCCGGACCUGCAGACCGUGACCACGGCGUCCGCUAUUGACCUCGUCGUACCCUGUACUGGGCCGCUAGGCGAGUCGGGUUGGGAGGCCGUCGAUGAGGCCGUCAACCAGCUCGACGGUGGUAGACAAAAGGUGGAGGAGGAGGUCGCGGCAGGGACACCGUCGCGCAAGAUCCUCGUGUCCGGCCUCCUCCCCCCACCGCUCACCAAGCGCUCGUCGCCUUUGCUCCACUCGGCCGAGUAUGAGACUCACUGUGGCCACCUCUCCCAGCUCUCACUACACUCGGACGUCGUCCUCAAGGUUCUCCCACCCAUCGUGGACACGCACGUCGCCGGGUCCAGCCCUUGGUGGGAGGACGUCCAUGAGCUCGAGCGCGUCGUCAAGAUGUACCUCGGGCCGGCUCUCGAGGCGUUUGGUACGCAUCGCAUCGUGUUCGGCUCGCAGCCCGCACUCGCGCCCUCGGAUCCCGCGACCGUCGUUCCCGUCAGCGGUGCGGCUUGGUAUGUGCUGCUGCGCAAGUGCAUCGCGGAACUGGGGGAGGAGAGCGAGGCCAUGACCGCGAUCAUGGCCAAGAAUGCCGAGGAGUUGUACAAUCUGUGA